AUGGAAGAAGAUAGCCAUGGAAAUGGGUCUCAUGGGCCUGGUGGUGGAAGCCCAGAAAGCCCUUGUGUAAAAAGCACUGGUAGCAACAACAAUAAUGGCAACAAUCACCACCACCACCACCACCACAUCAACAAAGAACAAGAUAGGUUUCUUCCUAUAGCAAAUGUUGGUCGGAUAAUGAAAAAAGUGAUUCCUGGCAAUGGAAAAAUAUCGAAAGACGCAAAAGAAACCGUGCAAGAAUGUGUCUCUGAGUUCAUUAGCUUUGUAACUGGAGAAGCAUCGGAUAAGUGUCAACGAGAAAAACGAAAAACCAUUAAUGGUGACGACAUCAUAUGGGCAAUCACAACCCUAGGGUUUGAGAAUUACGUCGGUCCAUUAAAACUAUAUCUAAGCAAAUACCGAGAGAUCGAAGGUGACAAAAUUAAUACUCCGAAGCAACAAAGACCAGAUCAAAGAUCGGUGCAUCAGAAUCAGCAACAUCACCAACAACUUGAACAAGAAGAUCAAAAUGUACCUUAUACAAGUGUUUAUUCUUCCACAACCCUAAUGUGUCAACCACCAUUUGUGGCAAGUGAUCAAUCUUUUUCCUUACCAUUCUCCCCAACUUCCAUUCAGAAACAGUUGCAGCCACAAGACCAAAUUGAUUCAGUGGGGCACUGGUGAGAAACAAAGGGAAAGAAAGAUGAUUAAAAUCUUAUUGGUUGCCUUUAAUUAGUGUUUAUAGGAAACGGGUUCUCUCCCAACCCAUAUAGGAGAAGGUGUUCUUCAUCAUUAAGAGGAGUCAAGGGAGAGAAAUACAGUUUUCAUCAUCACUGGCGACUUCAAGUUACUUGGUCAGAUUCAAAUCUUUACUAUGGAGUAAAGCAUGUUUUCCAUUUG